AUGUUCCCGCGCGUGCGGCCAUUUUAAAAACCCCCCCUUCUCUUUUCCUCACUCACUUUUUGUCUGCAUCUCUUCUCCGCUUGUCCCUCUAUCCAUCACUGGAAGCAGCGAUACGCUGCCAUGGCUAAAAAACGCAGCGCAUCAGACGCCACCGAUGAUGCACAAAACGACACCGUAUCGCUGCUUCCCUCCCAACGCAAGAAGCCCAAGCACUCUGCUCCUAACCCCGACGCCUGCUUCGUCGGAAAGCCCAUUCCUUCUGCCGAGGCCCGCGCCAAAUGGCCCCACCGAUACCCCUCCGAGGUGAAAAAGAAAGCUCCAGCUAGAAGCUCAGAAGAGGUUACGAGUGAAAACAGUGAGGUUAUGCUGGCUAGGUGUCAUUAUCGUCAAGCUAAAGUAGAUGGAGUUGUUUAUAACCUCUAUGAUGAUGCUUAUGUUAAGGCCGAAGACGGUAAACCAGAUUAUAUUGCACGAAUCGUUGAGAUGUUUGAGACUGUUGAUAAGGAACAAUGUUUUAUGGCUCAGUGGUUCUACAGGGCCGAAGACACUGUGAUAAAAAAUCACGGUGAUCUUGUUGACAAGAAGCGGGUUUUUAUAUCUGAUGUGAAGGAUGUAAAUCCCCUUGACUGUAUUGUUUCAAAAGUCAAAAUUUUCAAAAAAAACCCAAGUGUAGAUUUGGCUUCAAAGAAGGCAAAAUUGCCUUUUUGUGAUUACUAUUAUGACAUGAAGUACACUGUGCCAUAUCUAACAUUUUCCAACCUAGUCAAUGAAACAGUUAAAACCGAGAGUGAUGCAUCUUCCACAAUUUCUAGUGAAUCUGGAUCCAUUGGUUGCGUUAAUAAUGCUAAUCUGGCAAAGAGAAAGACUACUCAAAAUAAUAGUUCUGGUUCCUCGCAGUGGACUUUGCUAGACUUGUAUUCUGGUUGUGGAGCCAUGUCCACAGGGCUUUGUUUGGGUGCAUCCUUGGCUGGAAUAAAACUUGUCACAAUGUGGGCUGUGGACAUUAAUGCACAUGCAUGCAAAAGUUUGAAGCUGAACCACCCUGAAACUCAUGUUAGAAAUGAACCAGCUGAAGACUUCUUAAACCUAAUAAAAGCUUGGGCCAAGCUUUGUGAAGAGUUUGCAUUAUUAGGAUCAGAACGGUCAGAUUCCGAUCCAGACAUGGAUGAAGAUGAGAAUGAAGCUGUGCAAAAAGAAGAGUCAGGAAAUCAAUCUGACUUGGAGGAAUUUGAAGUAGAAAAAUUACUUGCUGUGUGCUAUGGUGAUCCAAACGGCGUCAAAAAACCAGGACUAUAUUUUAAAGUGCGUUGGCUGGGUUAUGAUUCCAGUUAUGACACAUGGGAGCCAAUAGAUGGAUUGAGUGAUUGCAAGGAAGUUAUGAAAGAUUUUGUGACAAAAGGCUACAAGAAAAGAUUAUUGCCUCUUCCUGGUGAUGCUAACUUUAUUUGUGGUGGACCCCCGUGUCAAGGAGUAAGUGGUUUCAACCGCUUCAGGAACGCAGAAGCUCCAUUAGAGGAUACAAAGAAUAAGCAGUUGCUUGUUUACAUGGAUAUUAUUGAUUUUUUGAAGCCAAAAUAUGUCCUCAUGGAGAAUGUCGUUGAUAUUUUGAAGUUUUCUGGUGGUUAUCUGGGGCGUUAUGCCAUAGGCCGUCUUGUAGCUAUGAAUUAUCAAGCAAGAAUGGGCAUGAUGGCAGCAGGGUCUUAUGGCCUUCCACAAUUUCGUAUGCGUGUUUUCCUUUGGGGAGCUCGUCCUACUGAGCAAUUGCCUCCAUAUCCGUUACCAACGCAUGAGGUGGUGUCAAGAGGUUUUGUUCCCACUGAGUUUGAAGAAAUUACAGUAGCUUAUGAUAAAAAGGAUACCUGUCAGCUGGCUGGUGCUCUUUUACUUGAUGAUGCAAUAUCAGAUCUCCCACCUGUUACAAAUGAUGAGAACCAGGAUGAAAGGAACUAUGGAGCUCCUGCUCGAACUGAGUUUCAAAGAUAUAUUAGAUUGAAGAAAAACGAGAUGGUGGGUAGCAUGGCUACUGCUCAAAGCACACCACGUAGAAUACUGUAUGAUCAUCGUCCUCUUCAAUUGAACAAAGAUGAUUAUGACAGAGUUUGCCAGAUUCCCCAGAAGAAGGGUGCAAACUUCAGAGAUCUACCUGGAGUACUUGUGAAUGGCAACAAAGUUGAAUGGGAUCCAUCGGUUGAAAGAGUGAUGCUAGACUCUGGAAAGCCUUUGGUUCCUGAUUAUGCAAUGACAUUUGUCCGUGGGACCUCUACUAAGCCAUUUGGUCGGUUGUGGUGGGAUGAAAUUGUGCCAACAGUGGUGACAAGGGCCGAGCCUCACAACCAGGCCAUUCUCCACCCUAGACAAAACCGAGUACUUACCAUUAGAGAGAAUGCGAGACUACAAGGAUUUCCUGAUUGCUAUAAACUUUGUGGGCCUGUCAAAGAGAGGUACAUACAAGUUGGAAAUGCUGUUGCUGUUCCUGUUGCUCUAGCAUUGGGAUACACGUUUGGUUUGGCCUGCCAGGGACUGUCUGACGAUAAGCCUUUGACAACCCUCCCCUUCAAGUAUCCAAGUUGUCUUGCCCUUUCAUCUCUUGCAGGAACUGAGAAUGAUAACGAAUCAAGUUGAGAUUGUUCCCACACAAUCCCUUCUCUCUGCCAUUGCCAUGUUGAACUUUUCCAUAUUUAUUCAAAUUUUCCAUUUUAAUGUAAGAGCGAGUGUACACUAGAAGGCCGAAAAGUUGUAUCAAUGAUGAUUGUAUGUACACUAAUGACAUUGUUUAUAAUGAUAUAAGAUUCACUUUGUUAAUGGUUUUGCAAAA